AUGUCUGAAACUGAGACAGAGAAGAAUCAUCCUGGUAUUAAGCUGUUUGGAUGGAAGAUUCCGGUUAACUCUUCACCAAUGGAUACUUGCAGCAAUACAAAGAAAGCAUCAGUGGAAAUGCUUUCUGCGGAAAAAUCGGAGCGACGAGACAAUUCUUCGGAUUCAAUGGAUAGUAAACAAGAGUCUGAAAAUAAUAUGCAGGAGAAAGAACCGCCGAUAGUGAGCUCGAACUCGAAGCCUGAUGAAGAUAUCACGGAGACGGGUGAUACUGAUCAAGAUAAAAUGUUGAAGAAACCGGACAAGAUUGUUCAGUGUCCGCGGUGCAAAAGUUGGGACACCAAGUUUUGUUAUUUCAACAACUAUAAUGUGAACCAGCCGCGGCAUUUCUGCAAGAAUUGCCAAAGGUAUUGGACUGCUGGCGGAACGAUGAGAAAUGUUCCUAUAGGUGCUGGGAGGCGAAAGAAUAAGCAUCUUGCCUCUCAGUAUCGGCAAAUUAUAGUAAACUCGGAUGGAAUUCCGAUCUCCAGGCAAGAAACUACGAGCUUAUCCGGUCACUGUCAUGAGUCGAGGGAUAAUGAAACUGUGUUGAAAUUUGGUCCAGAUACUCCUCUCCGCGAAUCAAUGCAUUCGAUGCUUAAUGUUCGAGACCAUAAAAGAAGUACUGAUGCAGAUUCUAUUGGUAAUGUGCAACAAAGAGAGGAACCAAUCUUAUGUGGAUCUUUGGUUACGAACACCGGUACUCGAGGAAAUGAGUGUUCCAAUCACAAUGCAUCGAAUUGGUUGCAGUGCUAUCCUGUUCCUCCGUGGGUAUUACCGAUGAAUCCAGGUUGGAAUAACGUCGCUUCCAUGGCAGCAAUUCAUCCAACUUCUGCAUCCAUGUGCAACCCUUACAACGCUGCGGUUCCAACUGCAAUGCAAUGGUGUCCGCCACCGCCUAUGUUCGCAAUUCCAGGAAUUAGGCCACAAAACAUACCUUUGCAACUUGUAUCCGCCUCACGCUUGAAUGGUCCGUCACUCUGCCUCUCGCCGCCUUCCUCCACAAGUAACAGCUGCUCGGGUAAUGGCUCGCCAACCCUAGGCAAACACACUAGAGAUACCGUCUUCGCAGAUGAAGACAAAUCAGACAAGUGUAUUCCGGUUACAAAAACGGUUAGAAUCGAUGUCCAAAACGACGUCCCGAAAAGUCCUACUCGGAUUUAUGGAGAAGGCAAAAACAGUUUGUUGGAAGGCAACAACUCAACUCAGCAGCUACUCUCUCCGGAAUGA